AUGGGGUUUCAAUUAGAGUUCCAAAAGGUGGAACGAUUCAGAUCAUCGUCGUCGUCCACCUCCAGUAGCUGUCACUACCUCUCCAAGUGCCUCAUCCGAGGCACCGUCGUUCUCCAGGUCCUCUAUGGUCACAUCCACUUCCCCAACUCCAACGACAUCAUUUUCGGUUCCCCUUCUUGGUGGAGCAUUCUGUGCAUGUACUUGGCAUCUCUUGAGGUCUAUUUGAUACUUGACAAAUUCAAUCUUGCUGGAGAGCUUCAAGAAACAAACAAGAAGAAUUUUGCAUUCAAAAUGAACUCAGUGCGGUUUGCUCUUGUCAUUUCACUAGAUAACUCAACCAAAGCGGCCAAUGACAAGAAAAAGACAAAGAAACUGAGGAAAGGAAAAGGAAAGAAGAGGGAAGUACUAAUUGGGAAGAAGGAUGAGAUAUAUGGUGGCAGGUUAUUAGAGAGUUUGCAGUUGUUUGUUAUAAAUGAUGCGGAUGAGUUCAGUGCGGUUUUGAAGCGUGAAUCGAAUCCGAAGAUAUUGAUCACCACUUGCCGAUUUAACUCUUCUAGGGGUCCUGCUUUUAUUGAGGAACUACUUUCGGUGAUCCCAAAUGCGCAGUACUAUAAAAGAGACACUUAUGACUUGAAAAAGAUUAUAGAGUAUGCAAAUAAAAAGGAAUUCACUUCUUUGAUUGUUGUUCAUACCAAUCACCGGGAACCAGAUGCUCUCCUAAUUAUUGGCUUACCUAAUGGACCUACUGCCCAUUUUAAGCUCUCAAAGCUUGUUUUACGGAAGGAUAUCAAGAAUCAUGGAAAUCCAACCAGUCAUGAGCUUGAGCUUGUAUUAAACAACUUUACAACACGCCUUGGUCAUCGUAUUGGGAGGCUAAUACAGUCACUUUUCCCUCAAGAACCAAAUUUUAGUGGUCGGCGAGUUGUAACUUUCCACAACCAGCGAGAUUUUAUAUUCUUCCGGCAUCAUCGGUACAUUUUUGAAACCAAAGAGACUAAACAGGCUGAAGUAAAGGGCAAAAAGACCAAGGAUUCCAAAGCUGACGCUAUUACUAAAGCAAAACCAUUUGCGCGCCUACAGGAGUGUGGUCCUCGUUUUACCCUUAAAUUGAUCAGUCUGCAGCACGGGACAUUUGAUCCUAGAGGUGGGGAGUUUGAGUGGGUUCACAAGAGAUCAAUGGAAACUUUGAUUGAUUGGAUUGAUAGUGAAGUCAACAUGAGCAAUACUUAUGUACUUUUUCAAACUUAUGCUCCUGUGCAUUUCAGGUUUUUGAAUGGUGAAGAAGUAGAUAUAGAGGAAACAGUUCUUCGCACUCCAAUAUCCAAAUCCUAG